GCGGGCACCGCGCACCUCCUGCCUUCGCUGCAGCGCCGGCCCCGCUCGGCGGGGAGGAGGGAGCGGAGGGGAGGGGAGCGGAGAGGGAGGGACCGGCCGAGAAGUUUCUAGAGGCGGCCGGGCUGCCGCAAAGCGCCCGGCAGUGCCAGGGGCCGGGGUGAAAGUGCGCGUCGCCCCUGGGGGCGGAGAGGGCGGCGGUGCCCGGGCAGGGAGAGGCAGAACCGCCUGGCAGCGAUACGCGGGGGGAGCAAGAGGAGGAGGGAGAGUUUAUUCCCGAGAAGAGGGGCAGGUGCGCCCACCUCUCGCAGGCGGUGCAGGGGGGCCCGGCCCGGCAGCGAGGAGGAGCCGCCGCGCCCUGCCCUGCCCUGCCCGGGGACAGUUUUACUCAAAGCUGCGUUUAGAGUAAAAGUAACCCUCCUGCCACCUCAGUACUAGCCGUCCUUUGCAGAUGUGUGGGCUUGUUUUCUUCUUGCCCGCGCUGCGCUGGGCAGUUGUCACAGGGAAGGCGGUAGGAACAGGCAGGGAAGCAUCGUGCUGACAGCGAGCGUGCGGCCCAAGGAGCUCGGGCAUCCCGUGGCUUACCGGGCUGCAGAUCCCGUUAGAAACCCUGGGCUUGAAAACGGUUCAUUACCCUGGACCAGGAAAGGGGAAGACAUGCCCAGGGCACAGAGCGUAAGCUCUGUGGCUUGCCCAUCCAUAACCGUCGGGUUCCUGGGCACUGGGCGGGCAGGCUGACACUCAGCAGUCCCUCCUGCCUGCUACACUUGCUCCUCCACACCAUUGGCUCCGAAAAAGAGCUGGGACUGCAUGGCCGCCGCAACAUAGCGUGCACCCCAGGAGCAGCUGAGGGAAGGACAGAUACCUGCUUGUUGUGCACCUUCUGCUUUUGCAUCUUCAGCAUGAUGUUUGAUCCUUCGGUAGCAAAACUGGUCACUGAAGCUGGAAGGAGAGCAGCUCACAGGCUGGUGGUUGGUGUUUUGGAGUUGCUUUUCCGAACUGCAUUGCUGUCUCAGGGCAUGGGCCUGUGCAAUGCAGGGAUCCCUGGAACGGCUGCAGGAGGCUUGGCUACAGUGAGAUUGCUCUGUGUUGAAAAGGGUGGAGAGGCAUGCAGAACAUACCCGAGCUGUUCAGUACUGAGAGUUGUCGUCUCCAUCUUCAGGAGUGACCUGAAGAUGAAACCCUCUGCCACCUAUGAGCUGUUAGUGGAUGGUGUUGGGCCAUGGGACUUCACUGGCAGUUUUGUUCCUUGUGAGCUGCUGCUUGUUGGAGAAGAUGCCUACCCUGUGCUUGUGAGCUCUGAGAAGCAGGUUCUGAUUGCUGUUUCACAUUAUGGGAAGGGCCGGAUUGUGGUUGCUUCCCAUGAGGGAAUUUUGAAAGACUCCAAGUUUUCCCAGUUCCUCAGAAAUGCUGUGGAAUGGCUUAAGCCUUCCCCCGAGGCGCUGGUUGGGGUCCAUCCUCACCUGGAUUCCCUCUCCCAGCUGCUGCUUAUGGCUGGUGCCAAAGUGCAGGCUGGGGCAGAGCUCAGCCCCUCCCUGGGAGUGUACUGUAUGGAUGCCUAUGGCAGCACGAAGGCAAAAGACCUGGUUGACUUUGUAAAGCAAGGUGGAGGGCUGCUUAUUGGAGGCCAGGCCUGGUACUGGGCUAGUCAACAUGGCAAGGAGAAGGUGCUGUUUGAAUUCCCUGGGAACCAGGUGACCAGCGUGGCUGGUGUGUACUUCACAGGAAACGCUGUGGAGAAGGGCAUCUUCAAAGUUGCCAAGAAAAUUCCCAAGAUCCCAUUAAUUGUCCCGCACCAGGCUAACCUCAGCCUUGAUGCUGAGUUUCUCCUGCGUGGUGUGUCGGAGCUGGAUUUGGUGACAGGGGGCGUACCCUCCAUCUUGCUGGUGCACGGUGUGCUCUCCUUCCCGCUCUGCCUGGACAGCUCGCAUCGCUGCCUCUUAGCUGCAGCACGCUACGGCCAGGGACGUGUUGUGGUGGUAACCCACGAGGGCCAGCUGUUCUCCCCAAAGCUGGCCAGAUUCCUGCUCAAUGCUGUCUGCUGGCUGGAUGCUGGGAGGAAGGGGCUGGUGGGUGUGGAUGCCAGCCUGAAGAAAUUGUGUAGCCUCCUCUCUCAGGAAGAGGUGAAGUCGCAGGUGUCCCAGCUAACGGGCGACCUCAGUGUGUACUGCUGCUCUUCUUACAGCGACAGAGAGGCAGAGAAGGUUCACGCUUUCGUGGCAGAGGGAGGUGGCUUACUGAUUGGAGGACAGGCCUGGUACUGGUCUUCCCAGAACCAUGGCAAAGCUGCUGUGGCAAAAUAUCCCGGCAAUAAAAUCCUGAACCGCUUUGGGGUGAGCAUUCUGGGGCAGAGCAUCCAGGCAGCUAAGCAUCCGCCCGUGGGAUCUGGGGAGCACUACCACUUCCGCAAGGCGCUCGCUCUCUUCAACAGGCAUGUAGAGAAGCAUGAGGAGCUCAAAGCCCCCUUGAAGGACUGGCUGCAAAGGCUAGCACAAGACUGUGCUGCUUUUCUGCACAUCCCAGCCCACGACUGCCCUGCAUACGCCUCGCUCCACCGCAUCCUGGCCAAAGUGCUUCAGAGAAGUGGGAUCCCACACGUCAGCGGUCACUGCCCUGUCAAGAGCAACUCCAAAGAGGCAGUCCUCCUCUGCAUGGCGACCGAGCUGUCCCUCACCAUGACAGACAGUGCAGUCCUAGUGCAGAAAUCUGCUGCUGGGGUCUGUGCUCUCCCUGUCACUGUGGAAAUUGAUGGCACAAACCCAGGUGAGACAGCCUGGAGAAGUACAGGACUCUACCUUCCUGAAGGGCACACAGCAGUUAUAACAUUCCCUUGCCUGGUGGUCGGUGCUGGUCUGAAGGUGCAGAUUGGGUGUCACACGGAUGACCUCUCUCACGCCACAGAGCUGAAGCGGGCCCCAGUAGUAAUACGCACCUGUGAGAUUGCCUGCCAGAAACAGUCUAUUUCCUGCCUCUGGGGUGGCCUCGUUUACAUCGUAGUACCAGCAAGGAGCGUCCUGGGAAAAGUGCCCAUCACGGUAGAGGGGGCAGUCAGAGCUCCUUUCUUCAAGCUUGGGGAGACCUGUGAAAGCCAGUGGAAGGCCUGUAUCCGGCACUACCCUGCUCCCUGGGCAGAACUGGCUGUUGAGAAUCUCAUCCUGACGGUGCCGUCUGACAGCAUCCGCCAUAUGGAGAACCCACAGCCUCUGCUUACUCUGUGGAAUGAGAUCAUGGUGGCAAUAAGCAAACUGGCAGCCAUACCAACAAAGUUCCCAAGGCCGGAGAGGAUUGUAACAGAUGUCCAGAUCUCAUGUGGCUGGAUGCAUGCUGGCUACCCCAUCAUGGGCCACCUCGAUUCCGUGAAGGAGAUGUUAGACGUGAAGCACAUGCAAACUACUGGUCUUUGGGGUCCUGUUCAUGAGCUGGGACACAAUCAACAGCAGCGAGCAUGGGAGUUUCCCCCUCAUACCACAGAGGCCACCUGCAACCUCUGGUCUGUCUAUGUUCAUGAGAAGGUGCUGGGGAUUCCCAGGCAUAAAGCCCAUGAGGCACUUAGGUCACAGUGUCGGGAGGAAAGGAUAAGAGAAUAUCUGAAGAAAGGCGCUCAGCUAAAGGACUGGGAGGUGUGGACUGCUCUGGAGACAUACCUGCAGUUGCAGGAAGGAUUUGGUUGGGACCCCUUCAUCCACCUUUUCUCUGACUACCAGAAGAUGUCCACCAUCCCAAAAGACAACCCUUCUAAGAUGAACUUGUGGGCACAGAAGUUUUCUCAGCAGGUGAAUAAGAACUUGGCUCCAUUUUUUACAGCCUGGGGAUGGCCCAUCAAGAAAGAGCUGUCUGGGGAACUGUCUUCUUUACCCAGCUGGGAGCAGGACCCAAUGAGAUCCUAUAGACCAUGAAGAAAAAAUAUCUAAACCUUGAUUCGCAUACUAGCUAUGGCCUAUCUUUUCCUCAUUGUGUGCUGCAUGAUAGCUCACUGGGUGCUUAGAUUUACACUGAAUUCUUUAGAUUCUUGCUGUCAGUGUAGGUCAACCCCAGCAGAAAUUCCACAGAAACUUGUGUGCAGAUCAGCAACCAUCUAAGCCAUCUUCUGAAGAGUUAAAUAAUGAAUGAGCUUUGUUCUGGGUUCUUCACCUCAGAAGGAAUGUAAUGCUGAUUAGAUUUAGUUCCUGCAGAACCUUUCUCUGAUGAAGUAGAACUUUUCAGGGUGGAGCGGUCACUGAAGCGGUUUCAAGGACACCACCAAUAGAAUAUGGAUCUUUGAAGCAAAUAGUAGCCUCCACAAUGUUGUAUUCUUCAGUUAUAAUCUCAGUAACAUAUCUUUCACUAUAGUUUUGGUUACCCUGAAAUCCCUAGUUUUUAAUCACUUUAAGUAUUCAGAACUUCCACACCUACUAUUAUGGAAGUGACCUUAUAAUGCUUAUAUACAGCUUAUGUAAUACAUAGCUGAUACUGAAAUGCUGUAGAUUUCUUCCUGUCUUGUAUGACUGUGUGACCCAAUGUCCAGCUUUAUGUCAAUAAGUCAAUUAUAAGUUGUAGAUGUCACUUUUACCACAGCCUGACAGCAAGAUACAUGCUAUGCAAGAUGGGAGAGUAGCAAAGAGGUGACUUGAUUGUAGGCAAUAAUGGUUUAACUCAUGGACUCAUCAAAGGUUAAAAAACAGGCACUGACAUGACAGCGUGAGGGAGCAGAGAAAAGGAAGACAACAGUUCAUCAAGACAGAGGACCAGCCUUUUCCAAGGAGCAACAGAAGCUAAUGUUUCUCCUACCUCAUUCAUAACUGCUUGGCUAUUAUGGGGGCUGGCAAGCAUGUUAAUGCUUAGCCUAAUAGCAUACCAGUCCCAACCCAUUCCUUGUGUAUCAGCAAUAAAUAAAGCAAUCAUUGUGGACUUGCAGGUUGUGUAUGUGGUCCUACUUUCAUAUCUCUCUGCCUAGUAAAAAAAGCCUAAAUAGAAUGACCCAAAGAUUUGUUACAGUCACCCUUCAUUUUUGUUCUGACUUGGAUGUGGUUCUGAUUUCCCUGUGAUUCAUUGGCCCGAUAUUUUGCUUUGUCUUUCAAACUUUCUUUCCAUUCUUAUUCACUACUAGUAUGAGUUGUUCUUCCAAUAAAUAAAUGC